GAUAACUCUCGCCUCUGUCCUCCCGCCAGGGCGCCGUCCCUCUGCCUCUCACACCCACCAUGUCGUGCCGCUCCUUCCAGCAGGGCUUCAGAUGUGGCAGCCGGGGUUUCAGCUCCUGCUCAGCCGUCCUCCCCCGGGUGGUCACCCACUAUGCAGUGAGCAAGGGGCCAUGCCAGACUGGGGGCAGUGGGAGUUUCCGCGCCCUGGGCUGCCUCGGCUCCCGGAGCCUGUGCAACGUGGGCUUCGGGCGGCCGCGGGUCGCCUCCAGGUGUGGCCUGCCUGGCUUUGGGUACCGAGCAGGUGCCACUUGUGGGUCUUCUGCCUGCAUUGCCCCUGUAACCAUCAAUGAGAGCCUGCUGGUCCCGCUCGAGCUGGAGGUCGACCCAACUGUCCAGAGGGUGAAGAGGGACGAGAAGGAGCAGAUCAAGUGUCUCAAUAACCGCUUUGCAUCCUUCAUCAACAAGGUCAGGUUCCUGGAACAGAAAAACAAGCUGCUGGAGACCAAGUGGAAAUUCAUGCAGCAACAGAGGUGCUGCUCGAACAACAUUGAGCCCCUUUUUGAGGGCUACAUCUCCACCCUUCGGAGGCAGCUGGACUUCUUGACCGGGGACCGAGACCGGCUGGCAUCAGAGUUCCACUGCCUCCAAGACACGCUGGAGGGCUACAAGAAAAAAUAUGAAGAGGAGCUCUCCCUGCGGCCCAGUGCUGAAAAUGAGUUUGUUGCCUUGAAGAAGGAUGUGGACACGGCCUUCCUGAUAAAUUCUGACCUGGAGAUCAAUGUGGAAACUCUGAUCCAUGAGAUCGACUUCCUGAAAACCCUGUAUACCGAGGAGACGAACCUGCUCCAGUCUCAGAUCUCAGAGACCUCAGUCACUGUGAAGAUGGACAAUAGCCGGGAGCUGGACACGGAUGGCAUCAUUGCCCAGAUCAAGGCCCAGUACGACGAAAUUGCCAACCGCAGCAAAGCCGAAGCAGAGGCCUGGUACCAGAGCCGGUAUGAGGAGCUCCAGCUGACGGCCGGGAAUCACUGUGACAACCUCCGCAACCGCAAGAACGAGAUCCUGGAAAUAAACAAGUUGAUCCAGCGGCUGCAGCAAGACAUUGAGAAUGUCAAAGCCCAGCGCUGCAAGCUGGAGGCUGCAGUGACCCAGGCAGAGCAGCAGGGCGAGGCAGCCCUCAAUGAUGCCAAGUGCAAGCUGGCAGGGCUGGAGGAGGCCCUGCAGAAGGCCAAGCAGGACAUGGCCUGCCUGCUCAAGGAGUACCAGGAAGUGAUGAACUCCAAGCUGGGCCUGGACAUCGAGAUCGCCACCUACAGGCGCCUGCUGGAGGGCGAGGAGCAGAGGCUGUGUGAAGGUGUUGGACCCGUGAAUAUCUCUGUGAGCAGCUCCAAAGGUGCCAUCCUCUACGAGCCAUGUGUGGUCAGCACACCUGUGUACUGUCCAGGGAGCACCAGUGUCCUCAAGAGCAGUGGGGGCUGCGGCAUCGUGGGCACUGGUGAAAUCUACAUCCCCUGCGAGCCCCAGGGGCUCCUCGUCUGUGGGAGCAGGCGGAGCUCCAGUGUGAAGCUAGGGGCUGGGGGCAGCUCCUCCUGCCACAAGUGUUAGUACAGCCCCAGAAGUUAGUAGCCCAGGGGACAGGGCACAAGCUCCAGGCUGGGAUGUUGUCCCCCACAACCAGGGUUCAAGACAAGGCUGUUCCAAGAUCCCACCUUUCUCUUCUGAUUGAAGAUUCCCCUUGGGUUUUCACUGGGAGCUGCCCCUCAGGUAUCUUCGAGAGUCUCUUUUCACCUAGCUGUGUGCAGAUCCUGAGCGAGGCCCUCGGGUGAGGGUAGGGUACAAAGGAAGAAAACACAUCUCCCGUCUCCCUGGACUGCUGAGUCAGGCUCUAGUGUGGCCAAGAAAAUGGCAAUGGCCCCCUAACACUUCUCUUCCCCAGGAGGUCAAAGGGGCACAUCACAGUCCUGCUUUGUGGAUCAUCCCAUGGAACUUGCCACACAAAUUCUGCCUCCCCUCACCCCCAGACAUUCUCUUCCUCUCUUACUUUGGACUCUCAUGAACCUGAGAAAAGUGAACUCCUUCUAGCACCCACCUAAUACAUGCACUAUUGCAAACAUCAAAAGGAGACACCCCAAAAUCCCAUCCCAAAUUCCUAAAACAAAUGCCAGGAUUUCAGGAUCACUCGGAAUCUGUCAAUGUUGUUCUCAGCACACAGAAUCAAGAGGUGGUCUUUGGGCAACAGAUUUACCUGCUCAGCUGUGUUGACCUGGCACUGUAAAAAUACAUCUCUUUCCUGAGCUGAUAUUGGCAGCUGAUGGCAAAGAAAUGCCUAAAACAAAGGGACAAUCAAGAGCUGACAUUAUUCAUUCAAUGGAAUCAGGCAUGCCCACAUCUUUUGUACAUAGCCACCCCCUGCCAGCUCCCUCUCCCUUGAGUUCCUCUUGCGUUGGGUCUGAUGUGAACAUGUUUUCCUGGCUACAGUGAUAAGGGGCUGCCUCAGCAGACUUGGAGGCUCUGCCUCAGGGCUGUGAGGGAGGAGAAGGUACUGAACUGACCUCACCUCCCCAGAGCACUCCCCGUCCCAACAGCGCUGCCUCCUGCCCACCCAGGAAUCCACAUUUCUGCCAUGAGCCUCUGGGUUUGUCUAUUCCCAAUAAACUGUUCCCAGGCUACAGGAAUCAGGAUUGUUCGCCCUGCUCUGAGGACAAUGAGGUUGAAGGGAAACUGAGGAACAGCUCUGGGGGCCUGGGGGCCAGUUGGGGGCAUUGGAUGUAGAGACAGAGGUUAUUAUACAAACGGGAAAACUACAUGUGAAUAAUUGGCAAGUGGCCCGUGGAGCAGGUGUGGAGCCAUACAAAUUACACUUAAAGCCUGCACAUCAUACCACAAGAGUUUACAAGUCACUUGCCAAGUUGAAAACCACGGUCUUAUUCCCCACAGGCCUCCUCACUACAUGGUCCCCUGCAUAUGUCCUAGAGAAAGUCCAUGGGGCCCCUCAUACCAUGUCUGUACUCAGCAGCCUCCAGGCCUGAAGGCUCUGCCUCCGCAGCCUGGACUGUGUGUACCACAUCUACCUUGGGUGCAGGACAGAUUCAGGCCUGGGGCUGGCAGGGAAGAUAUGUAGCAGCCUGGCUAGCGAGGGGCAUCCUCGAGGCUCCUUUCCCUCUCUGCGGCCCCAGGACCUGGAGCUGAGACUUGGUGGCAGCAUUUCCACCCUCAGAGGGGCCCUGAUACCCUCCAUGUUGCCUCCCUGACCCCUGUAACAAUCCCCCCAUCAUAGAUGUCCCCCCGUGCUCCCUUCUCCCGAGCACUCCCUUACCCCACAGCCCUGCCUCACAGGGCAUCUCUUCUGUGCCAAGCCCUGCAUUAGGAGCUAGGGAUAGAGAGGUGACUAUAACACCCUCGGAACCCUGGAGGGGACUCAGCCUCAGAGAGGAGUCAUAAGUAGUGACAGCCAGAGAGGUUGGAAGUGACAAGAAAAAGCAACUGGUAAUUAUGCCAGGCAAGGGGGUCAGAGAGAGGUUCACAGAGAAGACUGCAAGGACAGGGUUUGAAGAGACAAGGGUUACUGAUUUAUGGGCAUCUUAUUCCAAAGGACCCAUCCACUCAGUUUUCAUUCACCCAAUGUAAUUAUCAAACACCUGCUAUGGGUCAGGCCACCCAGCGGCUGGUGUCACAGUGGUGAACAGGGCAGCCCCAAUAGGGACAAUAGACAUGGUACCUACCUGUAGGGACAGAAGACAUGGUACCUAGAGCCCACAGUAGGGGCUGUAAACUAUGGAAAAUAGCCUGGCAAUUCCUUAAAAUGUUAAACAUCAGAGCAACCACAUGACCCAGCAAUUCCACUCCUAGGUAGAUACCCAAGAGAAAUGAAAACACACACAGGACAAAUGUAUGGACACCAAGGGAGGAGAGGGGA